CUACUCCCUACUAUUACCCUGGAAGAUGCCGCCGACCAUUUCCCCGCUGGCCAGUUGCAUCCCCCGCACGCCCAUCUCACGGUCUUUCCGCAACUUCCAUUCCUACAGAUUGUCCCGAACAUUAUCACCGUCGUCAUCAUCAACAUCAUCACCAUUCAGAUCUCCGCUCUCCGUGUCUCUACCAGCAUCGUCUACGCGACUUACAUCUACGAGCAUCACCAACACAACUCUCCCUACGAUCAAAAAGUUCUCCUAUCAAAUAGUCCAAAACCGAACCAUGUCUGCUGCCCCCGUCCCCGACCGGUACAAACUCGUCUUCUUCGUCCCGCAUUCCCACCUCGAGGCAUGUAAAGAAGCUGUCUUCGCGACCGGCGCGGGAACCUUUCCCGGAGGCAAGUACCGGAAAUGCUGCUUCCAGAUGCCUGGUCAGGGCCAAUUUCUGCCGUCAGAAGGUGCGAAUCCUGCCAUUGGCGAAGUUGGGACGAUCGAAACGGUUGAGGAAAUGAAGGUGGAGGUGAUGUGUCUGGGACGGUCGGUGAUGCUGCAGGCAGUCGAGGCAUUGAUUAAGGCUCAUCCGUAUGAGGAGGUCGCAUAUGAGGUAUAUAAGAUGGAGAAUGUAUAAUGGGCUGUUGGUGAUGUCGGAUGCGUUGCUGGGCUAUAGGCCCGGUCGGUUUAUGUGUCAUGACGGCGUUUUGGAGGGAUUGAGUCGUGGAGGUGCCUGUUGUUAGUCCAGAUGAAUUCUGCAAGCCGGAUUAAAGCCGAUUAAAUUAUACUGUGAUUUUUUGAUAGUUUUGA